GCUUUCACUAAUAAAAAGAAACAUUUCAAAACAUGGGCAAGUUGUCCACUGGACAACCUGGACUACACAACGAAAACAGCAACACAGAUAAAACAACCUAACAUUACAUGGGUGAAUUCUAAAAUACAGCAUGACACCAAUUAUAGCGAGCUAUGCUCCUUAUAUAUAAUUGUUUUUAUCUUUUCUUUUUCAGAAGGAUAUGAGAGCUUAGCUCGGGCAAGAAGGGAAGGCACAUCCACUAGUGCAUACCAGGGGAAAUCUGUUCUCAGCAUGGAGUGGGGCACUUCCUCUGAUGUAACCGGUCCUGGAGUUCCCUCUUCAAUACUGCCCGAAACUGCUGUUGGUACUUCCAAUUCUAAUGCACCAGCUGCAGAAACCACAAGUAAUGGUGUUGAUGCAUUUGAUAUAUUUGCGGAAGAUGAUGAACAUGUAAUUGCUAAACCAUCUUCUGAAGGAAGUACUGUGAUCUGUGGCCCUAAUUCUGAUGGAGUCAGCUCACUGCCUUCAAACAACUUAAACGCUUAUUCUGAGGAUUGUAUGGAGAAAAACAGUGCCCUAUGUGUGUGUGUAAGGGGAGGGUUGCAACUGUGGAAGUUUGGUACUAUUUUAUACAGUGUUGUUUCCAUCCCAAUAGGGUUUAUUAAUUUACAAGGAUCUCAUUUGUAUAUUUGA